GCAUUCACUAUAUCUGGUCUCCCCGGACCCUGCAUUCACUAUAUCCGUCUCCCCAGACCCUGCAUUCACUAUAUCCGGUCUCCCCGGACCCUGCAUUCACUAUAUCCGGUCUCCCCGGACCCUGCAUUCACUAUAUCUGGUCUCCCCCGGACCCUGCAUUCACUAUAUCUGGUCUCCCCGGACCCUGCAUUCACUAUAUCCGGUCUCCCCGGACCCUGCAUUCACUAUAUCCGGUCUCCCCGGACCCUGCAUUCACUAUAUCCGGUCUCCCCGGACCCUGCAUUCACUAGAUCCGGUCUCCCCGGACCCUGCAUUCACUAUAUCCGGUCUCCCCAGACCCUGCAUUCACUAUAUCCGGACCCUGCAUUCACUAUAUCCCGUCUCCCCGGACCCUGCAUUCACUAUAUCUGGUCUCCCCGGACCCUGCAGUCACUUUAUCUGGUCUCCCUGGACCCUGCAUUCACUACAUCUAGUCUCCCACACUACACAGAACAU